CGAUAUACUUAUUUUGAUUAUCUUUUUCACACGCACACACACAUAUACUAACAUGACCUUUACACGUAUCUCUCUAUGCAGAAUGUACGUACUACGUUGGCUCUUGUAUGAAGAAAAAGCACGAAACCCGACUAGCUACCAGUAUGGGGACAGUUGUACUAUGUUCAGAGCUCAUGUUCACGAGUAACUCAUAAAGUUUACAUGGAGGAGGCCAGAACUCGAUCAACAUACAUUACCCAAAGUUUCAAGACCAGAUCAUGUUGAAUUAUUCUUUGACCAGCUUUUCCAGAACAAGAAUAUUAUAGUAAACAAAUUAAUACAUAUGGAUCUUGAAUUCCUAUCUUAAGGGCGAAGAAAAGAACAGAAAGCAGGGGAAUCUGGAACUUUUUCUAAAGGGAGAAGAGAGACUGUUACGUCUUCUUGAUAUAUUACAAUCGUCAAGAAUGUUAACAUUCAUCGAUCAUUUUGAGGUUUGGAGAUAGUAGUGGAGAGUGGAUGUCGCAAUCUGCAGUUCUAACGAUAAUGCUCGGCAUUCUGUUUCUUGUUUUGCUGCCCAAGAAACCUGAUGGGCAAUUUGUAGAAUGGUGCAUAGCUGAUGAGCAGACCCCGGAAGAAGACCUGCAAAUGGCGAUGGACUGGGCUUGCGGAAAAGGAGGAGCAGAUUGCAGACCCAUUCAAGCGAACAAACCUUGCUAUUACCCGAACACCGUGAGAGAUCAUGCCUCCUUCGCCUUCAACAGCUACUACCAGAAGUUCAAGAGCAGAGGUGCUACUUGCUAUUUCAAUUCCGCUGCACUGAUCACUGAUCUCGAUCCCAGUCAUGGUUCGUGCAAGUUUGAGUAUCUUCCUUGAAUACAUGCGUGGAUGGAUUGCUCCGGGGGGUCCAUGUCUGGUCAAGUUGAGGCUACUAUAGGAGAUAUCUUUUUCCGAGUGGUAAGCAUUUGUUGGCGGAAUCUAAGUAUUACACGAAGUGCAGAUCGAGGCAUAUUGGUCCGUCGAUAUGUUUUCCCAUAUGAGAUGAGAUGCUAUAAUCAAUUUAUAAGCAAUCCCAUUUUUAUAAGUCUUCUAUGUUGAAUUUAAACUAAGAUCUCGGCACUUACUUUCCA